AUGCCAGCGCCACUUCCCAUCGUCUCGCCCCCGGUCGUCCACCACGUCAAGUAUCUCGAGCGGCACGAGGUCGUCCUUGCCCUCAAGCGCGGCGCGUGGUCCGCCCCCCGAGGCGACACGGUCGAAAUUCGAGACGCCGAAAAGGGCAGCCUGCUGUUCACAUUCCGGACUGACCGGUCUAGCCCAUGCUUGUACAACUCAUAUGGCAAUCUAAUCUUCUUCUUCCCCCGUCGUGUGCGCGAUGGGGUGACCGAGAUCAACGCGCACGACUCUAGCCGGCGCGCCGACAUGCGCGUUGCGGCGCCUGCGUCUCUGGCCCUCCCGUGUGGCACUGAAGCUCGUAUCUCCCUUACUGGCGGCAUGUUUGGACCCAACGGCGACGGCAACGUACUUCUGUUGGAUGAAGGCGUACCCGUCGUCUCGACCUCGGCGACGUCUCCACCUCGCCUAGCAUCCAGCGUGAUCGUCAACAAGGACACUUACUUCAUCACUGUUGCGCCUGGGUUUGACAUCUCGCUCGCAGUCGCCGCCUGCUUAAUUUUUGAGCAGCUCGGGAGUUAAGCUCCUAAACCGACAUUGAUAAACUGAUCUGGAAGUAGAGGCAUACAGGCUAGCGCAGAGCCGACGUAGAAUAUAGGGUGCCCCAGAUCCUGC